CCCGCAGUUCGAUUGGAGACACCGGCCGGCAUCGACGGCUGUUGUGGAGCUCCCUUCACUUUCGUGUUCGCGCGUGUGUUAAAGUCUCUUUAGUAAUCAUAUCUUUCUUUCUUUUGUCUUGAACAACGAUCGUGAGAUCAUUCUUGACAGGUACAACGUCUAAACGAAUGUUUCCGAUCGUUACUUUUCCGUGUUGUUUUCCUAUCAUUCUUCUCUACCUUCCUUUUCUAUCGCGGUGAAAUAUUUCUUUUACGAGUGUCUUUAAUAAGCUAUCUUAUUGAGUUUCUCUUUUAAUAUAUUAAAUUAAUCAAAUAAUCGUAAAUAUAUCGCGAAAAGUGGUGUAUAUACAGUUAUUACUUUCUGUGAUUUCAAACGUUCGUGCCGUUGUUCGUGGCGUUGUCGAUCGUAUUGCGUAGUUCCGAUUCGUGUGACAUAACUAUGGUUUCAAGCAGUUCAAUUGUGGUCAUUGAACUAUAUGAAGAUUAAGGAAGAUAAGAUAUACAUAUCGAUCAAUAUCGAUGCAAUAUCGAUCAAUAUCGAUAUGUAUACGUAGUGAAUUUGCAUCGGAUAUCAUCGUAUCAUCAACCGAGAAAAUAAAGACCGAUCAUUUGCCGACGGGUAACAAGUACGACAAAUAUAGAAUCGAUUCAAAUCGAGAAGUGUCGCUGAUCGAUCGAAAAACGCGAUAUCAGUGUGUUCUCUACGCGACGGUGAACUCGCGAUUAAUCGAUUAGUCGAUCGAGAAGUUCGAUUUGCGAGAAAUGCGAAAGUGAACACAGUCGGGCCGAACGCGUGCAUGUACAUCGCAGGACGAUGGCUGAAUUUCGUGUUUAUCGGUUUUUUGUGAUCCUUGUUCAUCUGGCAGUUGUCUUAGUGCUCGCACAGAAUCCUAUCGAGGAGAAGACCACAUUCGAGGCUGCUUUUCAAGGAAGAUGCGGCCACGGCUCUCCCUGCGAGCAACUCUGCUACGAGCUUCACGAUGGGAUGUACGAGUGCGAUUGCAAGGACGGGUACAUCCUUCAUAAAAAUGGAUACAGCUGCGCCGAGCUGAAUUCGACAUCGCCGUCGACGGGCGAGCUCGGCGAAUUGGUGGAAGACGUGGAGAACGACGAGUUAAACAAAGACACGGACGAUGAAGAUGCCGUCGAGGACAUCCUUUAUAUGCGCGGUGCAUCGUUCACGAUACACUUGGACCCACCGCCAGAAAAUUCCACCACGAAUUCCAGCAAAAUUAUCGAGGAAACUAGCCCACCCGUCGAUCGAGUCGAACUACGAGCCACGUCUCAAGGCCCCAAUUUGGAACAAAAGCUGCCUUCCACGAUGGAGAGCAUAGUGAGCACGGAGCCAGCGUGCUCGUUAGACUGUGGCCCGGCCGGAAACUGUUACAUCGAGCAGAGCCACGGCGACGACGUCGAUCUGAUCGCCGACGACGACGACGACGACGACGACGACGACGACGACGACGCGGACGACGACGAGACGGGGGGUGGCGACACCUCGAUGGCCGUGGAUCUCGAAGGGAACGACGUCGCACCGAGACGGAAGCAAGGGUCCUUCAGGCAACGGUGUCAAUGCCCCCUGGGAAGGGGUGGCGAUCGAUGCCAGCUCGAGGCCGAGGUAAGAUCGCCCAGGUUCACAGGUUCCGGUUGGCUUGCGUUUCCCGCGUUGAAGGCCGCGUACAAGCACGUCCAGUUGGAACUGGAAUUCCGUCCCGAGGCGUGGGAUGGUAUCCUGCUUCUGGCCGGGGAGAGGGACGAUCUUCAGGGUGACUUCAUGGCCUUGAUUCUGCAUCACGGAUUCAUCGAGUUCAGGUUCGAUUGUGGGAGCGGAGUCGGCACAGUGAGGAGCACGCAAACAGUGAGGUUGAACGAGUGGAACACCCUGACUGUCUACAGGCAUCGAUGGGACGCCUGGAUUCAGCUGAAUCAAGAGAAACGAGUCGAAGGAAGAUCGAAGGGCUUGUUUGCGAGAAUUACCUUCCGCGAGCCAUUGUUCGUCGGCGGACCUGGAAACACAACCGGCCUCGAGCGACUUCCGGUGAGGACCGGAUUUAAGGGUUGCGUCCGGCAUCUGGAAGCCAAUGAACACCGUUAUCGCUUCCCUCUCGCGCCACAAGGGGAUGCUGCGAACGGUUUCGACGUUGAGGAAUGCACGGCGGACAGAUGCAGCAAGGUACCAUGUUCCCAUGGCGGGAAAUGCUUGACUACCGGAGGCGACACGGCUGUAUGUCUCUGCCCCCUCGGAUACACUGGCGACCUGUGCGAGACCAGAGUCGAUUUGCAGGUACCCUCGUUCAAUGGAUCCUCUUAUCUGCGUUACCCUGGAUUGGCCGACACGUCGCUAUCCUGGCUGGAAUUGGCUGUCACGUUGAAACCAACUGUCGCAGAUGGAGUUAUACUUUACAAUGGCCAUCACAGCGACGCCACCGGCGAUUUCAUCGCGUUGUACCUGUCGUCCGGCCAUGUUCAGUUUACCUUUGACCUGGGAACAGGACCAGCCAGUUUGAGAAGCGAGAAUCCUGUUCGCCUGGGCGAGUGGGUGGAGGUUCGGGUGUCGAGAACCGGACGUUUAGCCUCGCUCGAAGUCGAGGACGAUCCCCCGCAGGAAAUCCUGGCCCCGGGCGCUUUCACACAACUGUCGUUGCCGUUAAAUCUUUACUUGGGCGGCGCGCCAUCCACCGACAUGUACUCCCCGAAGAUGAAAACGACCGCCAGCUUCGUGGGAUGCGUUCAGACGGUCAUUUUGAAUCGUCGCGAGAUCGGAAUCCUGGCCGAGGCUUUGGGCGGGGUGAACGUGGGCAAUUGCGGACACGCGUGCGAGGCGAGGCCGUGCGGAGACGCGGAGUGCCGCCCGCUUCGGGACCGAUUCACGUGUCGUUGUCGACCCGGCAUGCCCCAUCCCUGUCCAGCGCCGGACGACAACACGAUUUUGGACAGCUCGCCCUCGAAAACGAACGCUGCCACGCGGUUCGAGAGAUCCGUGCCCAGUUUCUCGGGCAGCGAGAGCUAUCUCCACUACAACGACGCGGACACGAUGAAAAGGAUAAUAAGCUACAGGGUGGACAUCAAUAUGAGAUUCAGGGCGAGCAGCAGUAGCGGGCUGCUGCUUUGGAGCGGGCGGCAAGCGGAUCCGCAAGAGCAAAGGGACGAGAACGACGAUUUUCUAGCCCUCGGAUUGGAUCGUGGCUAUUUGACUUUAGCUUACAAUCUCGGCUCGGGCGAGGCUGUUCUGCGGUACAAUUUAACGAGACUGGACGAUGAUCUGUGGCAUCGUGUUCGGGCAGUGAGGAACGAACAGUGGGCGUCGCUUGUCGUCGACAGCGGUACAGGCGUUUCCGCGUCGUCGCCUGGACAGCUGAGACAGUUGAACACUGACACGGGUCUUUAUGUCGGUGGCGCGCCUGAUAUCGUGAGGACAACGGGAGGAAGAUACGCAAAGGGUAUCGUGGGUUGUAUCAGCGAUCUGGUCCUGGACUCGGACUUCUCCGUGGCGUUGUCGUCACCUGGCCAGGCUACCAACACGCACUCGUGCAUCCCCUGAAAGACAUCCGUGCCGUCCGACGUUAGAUGGUCAGGUCCGCGUGGACCAGCGCUUAGGAUAUGAAAAUGCAUCACGGUGAAUAAAAGCUGGCCAAGCCAGAGAAAAGGUGGACGUCGUUGCCCAGCGUUUAAGGCUGAACGUACGCUGCUGCCUUGUGAUACGCCUUGAACGCUGAUCACGUCUAUCUAAACGCGUGUACGAUUUAUACACACCGAUCAUCACGGAUUCAUCAUUUUUGUACAGACUUUCAUCAACGACUAAUUAAAAUUCUCCCCUCCAAAGGGGAAUGAAAAAGAAAAAAAAAAGAAAAACGAAUGAAAAAUAUAUAUAUAUAUAUUAAAAAAAAAAAAAGGAAAAGGCUAAAAGAAAAAUACAAAAGCAGAAAAAAAAAAAGAAAAAAGGUGAACGAAUGAGAAAGACUCUAUAUUCGUCGCGUCCAAGACCGUCGAAUAAUAAAUAGACAGCUUACUGUAAAUAUUAAACGAAAGGAAAUCUAUCCAAUCGCCUCACGAUAUGAUAUUUCCAUUCCGGUGACAACUUCCUGUCUGCACAAACACACUCCUCGCGUCUCGUGGACCUACUCGAUCUCGGGACCUUACAUCGAGAGCUUAUAUAUUAUUCGAUUAUUAAAAAAGAGAGAAAAGAAAAGAAAAGAAAAGAACGUUUCUAGCUUUACCUUAUCCUUAUGUGGUGUUGCGUUUCGAUCCAAAACGCGAAUCGAACGAUGUUGAGAUACACGAUCCGAGUUCCUGAGAAUCGUUCCUAUCGCGCGUUGGACGGAAGUUGUUACGUAAGGAACGUGUGUCUAGUCACAGCCACGGAUUAAGAACUCGGUGUAGAGCUCGUCUCGAAGACCGACGGCUUUAUGGCCUAAAAUAAGAUUAAAAGGUUAAUAAGAGAAGAGGAAUAAGGAGAGAGGAAGAGAAUAGAAAGAGAGAGAGCAUAACCCCUCAAAAGCGUCAAUUUCUAUUAAGCUCUCCGACCGGAUGCGAAUUCUUUGAAUUGCAGCAGGCACGGUUUUCCGAAUGAUCCCGGCAGAUAGGAAACUACGAAUUGAAAUGAUUGUUAAUUCGAAAAAGAAAAGAAAAUUCAAAUCGAGGCACCUUUAAAUACGUCCAACCACUUCGGAUUACGCGACGGAUCGUUCUUAUCCUCGCGUUGUCUGUCAAGAUUUUUCCACGUGUAUUUCUUUUCCACGAUGGUUGCGAAAUAACAAAGCAACGGUUUAGCAACGGUUAUUUCUCGUUCGAGCGAGCACCCCUCGUUAGGGAGGAUUAGAUGCAGAACAGAAUCGUUAAAUCAAUUACGAAAGGUACAAGAAGGACCAAAAGCAAUUAACACCUUUAAACAGGGAUGCAAAGGUAACUUGAAUUCCCGAAGAAGGAAAUCGGAUGCUUAUACACGGUGAAAUUGUAUCGCCUCUUUAACCAAAGGUGUGUUUUCAAGGGGUAAAUUUCUUCCAUUCCAUUUCGAGUUAAUUUAUUAAUUAAAAUAACAUCUUGAAUGAUUGGUGUAUACCGUGGACGGAAUAUAUAUACCUGUGGAUGAAAUCCAUUGUUAUAUUUUUCAAAAAAAGUAAGAUAAAACAUGGAAGACAAUUCACGAAGAUAAUUCAGAGAUAAUUUCCCCCGUGUAUAACGUUAAUAUUUUUCGAAAUUUUCGUUGCUUUUGCAUCCGCUCGACACGCACGCGAGAUGAAGAGGAUCGGCAUCGCGCGUGCAGAGGAAUCUGCACGCCCGUGUUUCACAGUAACCACACUAUGCUUCGUAAGGUACUUCCGUAGCUGGCAGUGUACGCUCCUCGACGUUUCCGCUUAAGAAGCACCGAGCUGCACAUUCUAACGGUUAAAUAUCUGUAUAAAAUGUAGCAACUUAAUUACGAAGAUGUCCCCGCAUAUUUUCUUAAUUCAACACAAGGACCUUUCCUCACGAUCCCGAACGAACGGAUCCAAUGUUAAUUAAUAACCCCUUCGACAGUAAAGAGAAUAGUAAAACGAGAGUGAAAUAGAAAUCGAGGUGACUUAUUAUUAUCUCGUUAAAUUUUCCAGAAGAGGAUUGAUUGUUUCAUCUGAUUAAUCGGAUACUAAAUCCUGGUUCGAUAAUCCUAUCAUAACCGUUCCUAUAACGUUACGGGCCCCAAAGAGACAGUAAAAUCGGCUUUUACGAUUUGACAGGCGACAGGUAACAGUUCGCCAAACCGAACUUUAUUUUCGCGUGGUAAUAAAGUUUUAACUUGAAAGAAGAAGUUUACGUAUGUACGUGUAUCGGCAAAACGAUUGCGCGCAGUCGUAACGCAAAACUUGUUUGUCGAUAAACGUCGAGUCUUUGUGUCGAACGGGUUGGAAGGGGAGGGGUUGAGUCGAUCGGGAUCAAAAGGUCGGGUCAAUACGUAUACAUGUCAUAUCUUAAUGAUAAAAAUGAAAAAAAAGGAAAAAAGAAAAAGAAGAAAAAAAAAAGAAGGAAACCCUGAAGAGAGGAAAUAAUAAUAGGGGGUUGAGGAGAUAGAAAUGGGUAUAUACACUUUGAUUUUUUCCGUUUUGCACGGGAAUGAUUUGAACCUCAAACACAUCAUAUAAAAAGCAAUCGGCUGUAGUCAAUUUUGUACGGAUGUUAUUUUUCUUGAAAUUAUAUAAUAAUAAUAAUAAUGAAGGAGGUGGAGAAGAGAGAGAGAGACGAAAGAAAUAUCAAAGAUGAAUGGUAAUUGUGUAGGGAAAUAUAAUAUAAUAAUAAUAAUAAUAAUAAACGAUUAUUCGUGAAAAUUAUAGCGAUAUAAAGCACGAGGUGAAAAUAUUUUAGCCCAGCCUCUCGGGGACACACUCUUUUACAUUCGUUUCUUUCCUUACUUUCCUUCCCUUCUUCCUUCCCUUCUUCCUUCCCUCUUUCCUUCCUUCCUUCCUUCCUUCCUUCCUUCCUUCCUUUCAUUUCUCUGCACAAUUUUUAAACAACGUCGGUGCAUGUGUCUGUGCGUAUAUGCGUGCGUGCGUAUGUAUGAUGUGUAUGUGUGUGUAUGUGCAUAAAUCUCUGAACGAUCCUCCAAGCUUCGUAAUACGCUUGUAUAAAUUUUGUUCGUGGAGAUCGUUUCGCGACGUUGCUGAAAAUACGAAAGAAACAAUUUUGUACAAAAAAAGAAAAAAAAGAAAGAAAGAAAGAAAUCUUGCGGCAAUGUAAGUAAAAAAAAAAACUUCUGUGCCACGUGUAGAAAUUUCCAUGCGUUUUUUGUCGUUUUCCUUUUUUCUCCUUUUUUUCAUAUUUGUGGCGUCUCGCUUCCAUCCUAGUAUCCACGCUUGAAAACAAGGUUCCUCGACAAUUUUUCACUAUUAGCGUGUAACCAUGCGUAUCUUUCAUUUCUCGAUCGUAUCAUGAUUCAGAUCUCCUUCGUUUAAAUAUGUUAAGAUUUUUUUUUUUUUUAAUAAUGUCAGAUAAUUAAGAAACUUAAGGAUUAACGUAGCAUGUAUGUUUCCUUUUCUACAAAUUAAUUCUGCGAUAAUUUUUGUUCUUUUGGAUUCUUUUUUUUUCUAAUUUGUAUAACUGGUAAUAUCUAUUAUUACGAUAUAUUUUAUAAGAUAGUAUGUAAAUUAUUUUACAUUGCCUUGCGUCUCUCGAUAACAUUGCGUUUUACACAAAUUUUAUAUAUAUAUAUAUAUAUAUUAUUUCAAUAAUUGGUCUUUUAUUAGGAAUCAUUGAGUAAAUUAACUUUUGAAACUCUGUUUUUACUUGUAUCGUAUAAAUUGUAGCGUAUCAGAUUCUAUUUAUUGUACGUUGGGUGGAUACAUUAGAUUGUUUCAUAAUGUUUAAUAUUUAAAAGUUUUAAUAAACGAAACUGAAAAUGAAUAUAUUACGUUUACUAAUUUCCUUUAAUCCAAGUGUUGUAUAAUAAUAUUAAUCUGUUUGAAAGAUCGUGAAAGAGAAGAAGAUUUUUGUGAGACAAUCUAAUGACAGAACCAGAAAAGUUUAUGCUAUAAUGGUGUUUUCUUCGAGAUAUUUAUAUACUCAAACGUUAGUAAAUUUCUUAGAUAACUUUAAUGACGAAAAUUAUAAAUCUUUGUCCCUCAAUGUUAUAAAUCUUACGAUUUUCAUUGAUCCUUCUAAAGAAUCAAAGGGAAAAGUAAAAAUGUUUUUUCUUUUUUUUCUUUCCUCUCUAAUAAUAAUAUUCUCUGUAUUGUUUAUUUGUUACAAUAUUCUAUCCCAUGAUAUUUUAAUAUAUUUAUAGAAACAAGAUGCUUAAAUUAAAACUAAAGAACGUUCGUAUACAUAAAAUUAUAAUAUUAUAUAAAUAUAUUAUUUUUUAUCAUUCCUUCAUUUCAUAGAUCAAAGAAGAAAUUAAUUUUGUUUCUACGAUAGAAACAUACGCAUACGUUGUGAAACGACCAGACGAUGGUUGUAUGUAAGUCAACAGGUCGUACAAAAUGCCUGAAUAUAAUUCAAUGAGGAUUAUAUAGUAUAAUAUUCGAAUAAGGCUGAAGUGAAAAUCGUACUUACAUCGUAUUAAAUUUGAAUGUAAGAAAAUUAAAAAAAAGAAAAAAAAAAAGAAGGGAAGAUCGCUGGAUAUCACCUCAAACAAAAGCGAGAAGAAAAAGAACGCUAUUAUUAGAAACAAAAAAAAAAAAAA